AUAAAUAAAUAGAUAGAUUGGUUAGAUGAACCUAUAUCUCACCGCAAUUUUAUCUCAAAUUGUUUUUGAAUUGACAAAUUGUGGUGAGUUGUAGAUGCUGGCGGCCGGAAAUGGAGAAAUACACGACCAUUGAAAUCGUUCAGGAAAACCCAAAAUCCUCCGUCUUCACACUCUACCUUAACAGGCCACGCCAUAGUAACGCACUCUCACGCGAAUUCUUCACAGAAUUCCCAAAUGCUCUCUCGUCUCUGGACCACAACCCUAAUGUUGCCGUUAUCGUGUUAUCCGGGAAAGGCAAGCACUUCUGCUCAGGGAUUGAUCUAAAAACACUAGCCUCGAUUAGCGCAGAUUUCCAGAGUCCUUCAGAUCGUGGACGUUCCGGCGAAAAAUCCCGCAGAGAAAUAAAGUUUAUGCAAAAAGCCAUCACGGCGAUCGAGAAGUGCCGGAAGCCGGUGAUCGCCGCUGUUCAAGGUGUUUGUAUUGGUGGAGGAGUUGAUAUAAUCAGUGCCUGUGAUAUGAGGUUUUGCACGGAGGACGCGUUCUUUUCGGUGAAGGAGGUGGAUUUGGCAAUCACUGCAGAUCUCGGGUCGCUUCAGAGGUUACCAGCGAUUGUAGGGUAUGGUAAUGCGAUGGAGUUGGCUUUGACCGCUCGGAAAUUUUCCGGUUCAGAAGCGAAGGUGUUAGGACUUGUUUCCAAGGUUUUUGGUUCCAAACCGGAUAUGGAUGAAGGUGUUGGAGCAAUAGCAGAUGGAAUUGCUGCAAAAUCUCCACUUGCUGUGAUUGGGACCAAGGCAGUGUUGGUACGAAGUAGAGACAUGUCGUUGAGCCAAGGCUUGGAUUUUGUUGCUACUUGGAAUUCUUCUAUGCUUUUAUCCGAUGAUCUAAAGGAGGUAGCAGCAGCAAGCCUACAAAACAGGAAACCUUCAUUUUCCAAGCUCUGAAUUAAUCUCAUGAUAUAUUUUAGUUAUCACAGCUAAAAUUUUAUGUAUCCCUUAUUAAAUACUAACAGUAAUCCUGCUUCAAUAAAUAAAAGUGUGUGUUUAUAGUUCGUAGUUUGGCAGCAACCAGAUUUUUUAUAUUGUUAACUCUUUUUUGUUUUCUUUUUCUAAAUUUAACUACUGAAUUAUUUAGCAUUAUCAAUUGAUUUUCAG